UACCCUUGACUAGCCUUCUACCCUCACUCCCAACAUUUGAUUAAUAGUAUGAGUGCUAAUUGAUAACUAUUAAUUUUUAAGUGUAAGAUUAUGAGUCUAAUAGUUUAUUUUACCACUAUUGCCUUGACUAGAAGCUAGCGCUAGAUAUGAUAUUGCGUCGGCUAGUGGCACCGCCAAUUCUUCUGCCUUGACAAUGAUGCAUCUGAAACAAUUAUUUUUUGUCAUCUCUUUGAGCUACAAACAUUGUUGCCAAUCAAAAAAUUGCGUAGAAUUAGCAACUGAUAUGAAAGAGCUUAUAAAAGCUGCUUUUAAUGCAACAGCAGAGAGUUAAUAAAACAAAUACAUAACUCAACACUUUAUGAUGAACUUGCAAAAGACAACAUGACAAAACAAGCAAUGGAUAUUUGUAAUGAGGUUUUGGAUUAUGCUGUUGAUGGUAUUCAUAGAUCUAUUGACACAAUGGAUAAAUAUGAUUUCAAUAAGUUGAGUGAAUAUGCUUAUGAUCUUAAGGUUUGGUUAACUGGUACACUUUCUCAUCAACAAACAUGUUUGGAUGGUUUUGAGAAUACAACAACUAAAGCUGGUGAAAUUAUGGCUAAGGCUUUGAACACUUCUUUGGAAUUAAGUAGUAAUUCUUUGGACAUUAUUAAUGCUGUUUCUAGCUUACUUAAGGAUGUUGGUGACAAUAAUGUUAAUGUAAAUCUUAAUAGGAGGCUUUUGUCUAAUGAUGGUUUUCCUUCUUGGGUUAGUGAAGGGCAAAGACAUCUUUUGAUGGAAGGAAAUUUUAAGCCAAAUGAUGUUGUGGCUCAAGAUGGUAGUGGACAAUUUAAGACAUUAAGUGAAGCUCUUUUGACAGUUCCUUUUUAUAUUGCACAACCUUUUGUGAUUUAUGUUAAGGCUGGUAUUUAUAAUGAGAAUGUUAAUGUGCUUAAAGAAAUGACUCAUGUUACUAUCAUUGGUGAUGGUCCUACAAAGACUAGAUUCACUGCUAGCCUUAACUAUGUUGAUGGUGUCCAAACUUACAACACUGCAACUUUUGGUGUAAAUGGUGCAAACUUCAUGGAAAAGAAUGUUGGAUUUGAGAACACAGCAGGAGCAGAGAAACAUCAAGCAGUAGCACUACGAGUAACAACAGAUCAAGCAGUAUUCUACAACUGUCAAAUGGAUGGUUUCCAAGACACUCUCUAGACACAAUCCCAACGUCAAUUCUACCAUGAUUGCAGCGUCUCAGGAACAGUCGAUUUCAUCUUCGGAGACGCAUUCGGAGUAUCCCAAAACUGUAAACUAAUUGUUAGAAAACCAUCAGAAGACCAACAAUGUUUAGUAACAGCUGGAGGAAGAAUAAAAAAUAAUUAGUCGGGAACCAUCAGAAUAAAAACAUUUGUUUCUCUCUUUUUUACCUCAGUUUCCGUUAGUAAUUAGUCGGGAAAUCUGGGUUAACAUAAUGGAAAUAAUUCCAAGAUCUCAUUUCUACCAUGUUUAUAUUCAUUUUACUCGAACUUUUUCUCAUGUUUGUAAUUGUUUUCAUUCUUGCAGCUCUUCUCGAAAAACCCAUCACAAAAAUUGAUGAGUAAUAUGUAGAACCAGCAAACCAUAGUCUUGAGGAUGCACAAGCACCGCAAAUCAAUUCAUCUGAAACCACACUUGAAGAAGUCUUAGCAGUUCCAGAGGAAAAUGGGAAUGACAAUGUAUCCAAUACAGAAGAUUUGGAAGUUAUUACAUGUGAAGAAAAGAAUUCAGAGGAAGCUAAAGAACCCCAUAAUGCACAAAAACAGAAAAGAAGGUACCGGGAAAAGAAAGCUACAAAGUCAAGGCAAAAGUAGAGGUGUUGACCCAGCUCUCUUUUUCAAAGAUGAAGCAGUUAUUAAUAGUAUAAAGGAUUUUUAUAGAAUAGACGAGCGUUUUCCAUUCAAUGGUCACCUUGUUACAAGAAACAGUGAUAUGAAUCAUGUGAAAAGAAUUUACUAUGUCUCCAAGUCAGUCAAGGAUAUUCUUGGGUUGAAUUUCUCAGUUGGGCAACAACUCAAAAUAACCUCAGUUGGACUGAAGAUGUUUGUAAGUAUAUUUUAUUCUCAAAUUUAGUGAUAUUGUUGUUUUUUGGUUAGAAUUUUUAUUUGAGUGCAUGAUUGUGAUUGGAUGACAGUGUAAAAAACUCUAUUAUACCUGUUGGUGCAUCUCCCUCUUCUCCUAUUAUUUUACGAGGUUGAUUUAUUUAUCAUUCA